ACACACACACAAAGCAGAAAGAGGUUGAGUGCGAUACACACUGUAUUCUUAUACCAUACACUAUGUCCUUGACUGUGGAAAUCAAGUCACUUUAUUUCUAUAGCAGAUUUAAUUAAAAGACAGCAAGUGUCACCUAAAGACUGCACAGAACACAGCACACCUAAUUCACACACACAAAGCAGAAAGACUUUGUGUGCAGUACACACUGUAUCCUUAUACCAUACACUGUGUCCUUGACUAUGGAAAUCAAGUCACUUUAUUCUUAUAGCACAUUUAAAAGACAGCAAGUGUCAACCAAAGUGCUACACAGUACAGUCAAAUUAGUUUAAGAUUAAGACAGAAUAAAAUAAAAUGAAAUGUAUGUAACGAUCUCUGCCAGAUAUGUUAUGUAAGAUGUGUUGGUAAGCAGGUGAUACUGGUUUAGUGAUAAACUGUUUUGGACUGGCAGUAACAUAUUUUGUUAUUCCUCUCUUUACUCUUGAAUUUAAUAUAUAGUAAGUUGAUAACGUAAUUUUCUUGCAAUUGUAAAAUGGGACAAGUGGAAAAUUGGUGGAUAAUAAAUACUGGAACAUCAGUGGACAACAUCUGCAUGAAUUUAGUUGUAAGGAUGCACUUUUUGCUUAUCAGCGUGAUAUUUUGAGGGUGUGUACCCUUUAGAUAUUUCUUUAUUUCUACUUGGCGGUACAGUAGAUUAGUGCUGCUGCCUCACAGCUCCAGGGUCACCAGUUCAAUCCUGUGCUCAGGUUACUGUCUGUGUGGAGAUUUGCAUGUUCUCCCUGUGACUCCGGGUUCCUCCCACCUCCCAGUGACAUGCCCGUGGGUGGACUGGCUUCUCUAACCUGCCCUUAGCUGUGAAUGAGUGUGUGCAUGUGUGUGUAUGGUGCCGUUCAAUGGACUGCCCCGCCCCUCUGGUGACGUCAAUAACUCUAAGUUAUACUAUAUUGGUUAAGAAUGAAAAGGUUUAGAGCUAAUGGAUUGCAAAUAUACGAUAUUGCUAAGGAACAAAACUCGGAAAUUCUUCCCAUAAUACCUGAAUUCAUCCUGCAUAAAGUAAAUUAUAUGAUAUAUGUCAAAAUAGUCUUUGAGUUAUGAAAAAGCACUAUAAAUAAAUGUGUUAAAAAGACAUGAUUGCAGGUAAAUGUUAAAAUCUUCACAAACAGAAUCUUAUUUGUAAUUAGUAUUAAUAAUCUAAUAAUGAAUCUUAUAAGUCUAUUACUUUCUAUUAUUAUUCUAGCCGGUUCUGAGUUUCUGAAAUGGAAACCCGGAAGUGUGGGAGCGCGUGAGUGGGAGUGAGCUGUGCUUUAUCUUACACACUCUGUACUUUACAGCACCUACAGGCCGAGGAGAGAAACGCACGCGCGCACACACACAGACACAAACACACACACAAACACACACACACUUCACCGCCCGGUAUGUGUGUGAGCGAGAGUUGUCUGCAUUUACGAGAAUAAAUACUGAGGUGAUUGGUUCUGCGAGCGAUGUGAACAUACACACAAAAAGCGUCAAUACGGCGAUUCGGUUACAUCGCUGCAUUUCUAACCGUGAGCCUUUCAGCAAAACGGAAACACACAGACGACCAAUGAGAAGCCGCGAUUUUGGUACGCGCCUACAUAGACGCCGCUGAUUGGCUAAUCCGUAUCAAACUCCCGAGGCUCGCUACAACUCUUGGUUACUGUUUGAAAGAGGUUGGUGUUUUCGUGCUGAAUGUUUCCGCAAUGGGCAAAGGGAUAAAUCCAAUUCUGGAUGCUAAACAGCAUGUGUGUGCAAGAAGAGACAAAAGCAAUCUGGAAAGCAGAUUUAUAAAUGUCAUUAAAGGAUACGGAGUGUUUGCUACCACCUGGAUCGAGGAGGGAAGAUUUAUAGUGGAGUACAGAGGUGUUCUGUGAGAGGCAGGCCAAUGCAUCCCUGAUGCUUAUUCAUACUACUUUAUAUAUAACAACACACGCUACUGUAUCGACGCUUCAGUGGAUGAUGGAUCUCUCGGACGGCUCGUUAAUGAUGAUAGUAAUCCCAAUGCGAAGGUGAAGGUCAUCUCUAUCAGCCGCAUCCCACAUUUAUGUUUGUUUGCACUGCGGAACAUUCAGCCAGGGGAGGAGAUCACUUACGACUAUGGGGGUUAUGACCUGCCCUGGCGCAGGGGCACGUGGCUGUGUAUGGGGAACCCUUCUCACCUUGAUAAUAACAAAGAGGAGUGUGAGGAGCCGCCAUCAGAAUCGGACACUACAGAACAAACAAUAGGUCAGCAAGAUCAGGAAGAAUGUACAGAGGGAACAACGCCGUCACAGACAGUAAACGAGGAGUGUGAAGAAGAAGUGCCAGUGAGAGCUGAUAAAGCUACUCAGACAACAGAACAAAAUACAUCUGUGGAACAGAUGAUCUGGAAAUAUAUUCCAUAUCAGUGUCUGACAUCAGAACAUCAGAGAAUCUGUGAAAAUCAACUGCUCCAGAUCCAGUUAACUCCGGCAACUCAGCAGAAACUGUUUAAGGAGGACAAGAGGAUAAAUGAAGACCGUGCUACAUCUGGACAGCAUGUGCCUGAUGUAGAGCUGACAUCUAAUAAUGAAGAAGCAUCUGAAUCUCAGCUACCAAAUCAGUUGACUGAUGAGGUGGGAAAUAUGGAGUGUAAUGAAGAGGCAGAACAGCAGAUCUUGGAACAGCAGCAGACUUGUAUGGAAGUUGAACCAUGUGUGGAAGAACAGGCUUGUCCAGUGUUAGCUGCACAGCUACCUUGUGAGAAUGAGGAGAAAAAUCAAGCUCUGCAUAAUGAGGACUCCCCUGCUGUGAAUGAACGGCAUGUGCCUGAUGUAGAGCUGACAUCUAAUAAUGAAGAAGCAUCUGAAUCUCAGCUACCAAAUCAGUUGACUGAUGAGGUGGGAAAUAUGGAGUGUAAUGAAGAGGCAGAACAGCAGAUCUUGGAACAGCAACAGACUAGUAUGGAAGUUGCACCAAGUGUGGAAGGACAGUCUUGUCCAGUGUCAGCUGCACAGAGCAUGAGUGAAGAAGAGCAGCCCAAGUGUCAGGAUGAACCAUGUCAAAUGCAGCUAGCAGAACAGACACAGGCUGGUGAAGAGACGCAGCCGAGCAAUAAUGAUUCAUCUCAGACUCAGAAUGCUACACAGUCAUCUGAAGCUGAUCAAGAGUCAUACCUUAGCAGCGAGGACAGUAAUGAUGAAACGGUCUCAUCAGAUGAAGAAUUCCUACCUGACUCUGACACAGACUCAGACGAGGAUUCUGACAUAGAGAAGCCUAAAAAGGCUAAAACUUCAGUCACCUCAAAGGAAAUAGAGGAACAGGCACCAGUUCAGAACCAUUUAGUCACACAGGCUACAAAGCUUAACUUCUGUUUUGUUUGUGGAAAGGCUUGCAUAAAAAUAGCAAGGCAUUUAAAAUUACACAGAAAAGACAACAUUGAGAUCGAGACUGCUUUUAAGUUACCGAAGAAAUCAAAACAGAGGUCACACAUCCUUGAAGUACUAAGGAACAGAGGGAAUUACCAACAUAACAAAUUGGUUCUCAUUAAUGGCACUGGCCUGAUAAAAGCGAGACGAAUGCCAAAAGAUGAUAUUGACACACACAAGUUUGAAUACUGCAUGUACUGUAAAGGGCUCUAUAUGCGUAAAGAACUUUGGAAGCAUGUGAAACGCUGCACAUCAAACCCUGAAAGAGACAUGCAGAAGACUUCAAGAUCUGUUUUGGGUUUGGCAGCUUUAUCACAAUGCCCGCAUUUAAAACAUAUUUCAGACGACGUAAAGAAAAUGCUGUGUGAUAUGCAUCAGGAUGAAGUUGCACAGACCAUCAGAGAUGAUGAGUACGUCUUGAAACUGGCACAAGAUUUCUUUGACAAAAAGGGCAAUAGCAAAGAAAGACAUGCAUUUGUUAGACAAACCGUUAGGUGCAUUGGAAAGUUUUUGGUCCUUUUGCGCAAUAAAUUUGCGAUGAGGAACCUAGCAGAGGCUAUAAAACCAUCCAGCUUUUCACUGGUUACUGAAGCAGUCAAAGAAAUUGCUGAAUUUAAUGAGGAAAAAAAAUGCUUUGCAAUACCAAGCCUUGCACGCAGAAUUGGAUUGGCUUUGAGGAAAUAUUGCAUCUUGAGCGCACGGAAAGCAUUUGCAGUUGGAGAUAAAAAACUAAUACAGGCAACUGGCACAUUUAUGGACCUUUUUAAUAAUGCACAAUCUCAGUUUGCAUUAUGUGAAAAAAGAUGCUUAGGCAUACAUUCCAAGUCUUUUUUACUGCCGUUUGUCAACGAUGUAAGAAUAUUUCACUGCUAUCUGGAAAAGGCUGCACAGUGUGCAAUGAAGGAACUGAGGGAAACACCAUCUGCUCAGAGUUACGCUGACCUUUGCAAAGUGACCCUGGCACAAAUCCUGAUGUUUAAUCGCAGACAUGGAGAAGUCUCACAGAUGACCAUCAAAAGCUUGCAGGAGAGAGACCAAGCGCAAGCUUCUGAAAUCUCUGAGGCACUAACAGAAUUGGAAAAGGUGUUUUGUGAAGAGUACUGUAAAAUCCUGGUUAGACAGAAAAUAGGAGCGCUAGUACCGAUCAUUUUAACUCCAGACAUGAUCAAUGCACUUAUGCUCCUGACUGAAAAGAGAGACCAAUGCAGCGUCUCCAAAAGCAACAUAUAUGUGUUCGGCCAACCCAGAAGUAACAGGUGCUACAGAGGAGAAAAUGCCCUGCGAAUCUGUGCCAACGAGUGUGGUGCGAUGAAUCCUGAUAGGCUGACAUCCACCAGAUUCAGCAGACACAUUUCUACACUCAGCCAAGUUCUCACCUUGAAGAACCAUGAGCUAAAGAAGCUGGCCAAGUUCAUUGGCCAUGAUAUAAGCCUGCGUAAAGAAUACUACAGGCAAACUGAGGCCACGCCUCGCUUGGCCAAAAUCUGCAAACUUAUUUUGGCCAUAGAGAAAGGAAGUGCAACUGAGAUGCUUGGACAGUCUCUAGAUGACAUUGUAUUACCAGAUGAGAUCAGGGAGAGUGACAGUGAAGAUGAAUAUUUCGAGGAAGACGACGCAUUUCUCAAAGAUCGGGAGGCAAGACAUGAACUUGCAUUACAUCUUCUAUCUAAGAAGAAGAUGACCAAACCUAAAACCUCUAACAAAAAUUGUAGUGUACCUGAUCUGACACCCAAGAAACAGCAUAAUGAAUCUACAUCUAAGGAACAGGAAAAUGAAUCUACAUCUAAGGAGCAGGAUAAAAAAUCUACAACUGAAGAGCCUAAAGGGAAACCUGCUCAGGAGCAGACUGAGAAAAAAAAACUCAAGGUAUUCAAGAAAAAAGUACUCUGGACAAGAGAAGAGAAGAUUGCAAUCAUGAAGCAUUUCAAAAAACACAUUUACUAUGGAAGACUGGCUACAGUAAAGGAAUCUCGACGCUGCCAAAUGCUGGAGCAACCUGUGCUGAAUGGUAGAACUAUACAGAAAAUCAGAGACUUUGUAAGAAAUGCUGGGAUUUCUUUCAAGAAGAAAAUGGCAGCUAAAAAUGGUUGGAAGAAAGUUGUCUUACCUCCCCAACCAGCAAACCCAAACAACACAAGUGUUCAAUCCCCUCAGUCAACAAACACCUCACCAUCUAGUGAACUAUCAUCUCAAACAGCAAACUCUACCAGCUCCAGUGUAAUACAAUCUCCAGCAACUGACUUCAUCAAGCCUAUUAUAUAUUUUUCUCAAACAGCAAAUGCCACUACUACAACAACACUACUCCCUCAAGCAACCACCUCAGCCUCUAAUGUAGCACAUCCUCAAACCACAAAACUCAUAUACAUUAAAGUACAAGCCCAUCACUCAGCAAACCAGACCACUGCUAGCCUACCACUUCUAUCUCAUGCAGCAAAUCCAAGCAUAAUACCUGCAAGUGUAGUACUGCCUCAAACAGCAAACCCAAGCAUCUCAAGCACUGAUAUACUAACAAUACCUCAAGUAGCUGACUUAACCAACUCUAGCAUCCUAAUUCCACAAGUAUCAAACCACACAGGUUCUAGUGUACUACCUCAUCAGGCAGCACCCUUAAUAUGUGCAGGUGUAUUAGUUCCUCAAGCAGCAAACCCAACCACUUAUAAUGUACUAACUCUACCAGCAGCAGAACCAGCAAGUUCUACUGUGGUACCUCCGCAAAUAGCAGUUCUAAAAUGUGCAAGUGUACCAUCCCCCCAAGGUGCAGAAGCAGACAAGUCGAUACCUCCAGCACAAGCAGCAAAUCUGUCCAGCACUUUAACUUCUCAAACAGCAACUCUAUCAUCCCACCCCUAAGAACACUCUUAAACAAUUCUAAUGUACUACCACAAUAAGCAGCAAACUCAAGUAUUUAAAGUAGCUCACUUGAUUAACUCCAGCAUACCAAAGCCACCAAUCCCCAUAUGUUCAAGGAUAAUUUCCCAGAUAGCUAAUAUCUGCAAGAGUAGUACUACAUCAACCAGUAAAUCCAACCUUCGAUAGCUAAAAAAACAAUAUAACACACGCACAACUUUGCAAAUGUUCUAUCCGUUCAAUCCAGCAAAUUCAGCCACUUCUAAUGAACUACCGCAGUGAGCAGCUUGUCUCAUCAGCUCUAAUGGAUUCCUUCCUCACACAAAAAACCUAAUAUCUGAAAGUGUACCAUGUACUCAAGGGGCAGGUCCUGACAUACACGGAAUACUAACCACAAGCGGGAAAAGUUAUCCAGCGCUAGCAUUUUACCUUCUCAAACAACAACUUCCAUCACCUCAAACAGCAUAUGCAACCAACUCUAGUGUACUACUACCCAAACCCAAGCAUUUCUGGCUCAACAGCUAGAUAGCUAAACCAAUUAUCAGCAGCUACAUACCAUCAACACAAACAUACCAUCAGCACAAACAUAACUCAGCCACUCCCAGAAUAACACAGGUUCUAGGCUUAGGCAGAAAGCCUACUAUGUGCAAGUGUACCAUUCACUCAAGGGGCAGGUCCAAUUAAGUCCAGCAUACUAACCCCACAAGCAGCAAAAACAACCAACUAUAGAGUUUUACAUUCUCAAAGAGCAACUCGCCACUUUACUCACAUCACUUCCUUCAAAAACAACUCAGCCAGAUCAAGUGUAUUAAAACCUUUACGUACUUUGCGCUUUGUAUUAGUAUUCCUAUACAGUGGUUAUUGUUUAUCUAAAUUGAAGAUUCAGGGAAGAUAUCUUGCCCUUUAUGUAUCAUAUGGCAGUUCAUGGGGCUGUUACUAAACUGUAUAAUAAAACUUGCUGUAAAUAUUAAACAGUCUUUCCAUUUCA